GCAGAUUAUUUGCACCUGAGAGAUCCUGCCAGAGCACAGCCUAUAGGCAGGCAGAUGGGAUUAUAUGCACUUAUUACAAAAAUCACACCGAGUGUGUUCAUCUGAUUAUAUUGGAAUGAUUGGCCAAUACGCUUAAGACACGUCAGACACAUUCCUUCACUCAAGUCUCACCACGCAACAUGCAGCCCUGUAUGUGAUACAGAAACUUGGGAUUUAAUGUGAAACUACCUUGCUUUGUUGAACGGUCGACAGCAUCAGGCUGAGCCCAUUUGAACCAUGAGAAAACUGACUCACUCUCAGCGGUGGACUUUGUUUGUGCUCCUGUGCAUCGGCCUCAUGUGGUGCCUCAGUCUGCCUUUGCUCAUCGUGAGCAACUUCGACCAGGGGGCCAUCAUUGUGACCCAUCAACACAAACCGAGGCUGCAUGAGAACAGGCAGAUUGAAACUCUCAGUGCUGAAGACAUAAUGAAGAGAAUUGUCCGGUUUGCCGAUGACCUCCUGAGCGUCGUGGGACACUCUGGCAAUUUCUCACAUCCACCUCUUUUGAAGGACUACAAAGGAGAAUUGAAGGCUCUCCAGAUUAAAACAGAGGCAGAGAAAGAGAAGGAACAAAUGAAGGAUGACAUGAUUAAGGAGCUGCGUUCUGAUAAACUCCAACUGCAGCAAGAGGUGACUCGUUUGGGGGAUCUCCUAAAGCUGCAGAUGGCGACAGAAGAGAAGAAAUGUCAAAAUGUCAAAUCUGAUGAUAAUAUUCAGGAGGAUAAAAAUUGCCCACUGCCACCCAUGGAUGGAUACCCAGAAUGCAGGGGGAAGGUGAAGUGGAUGCAGAAGAUGUGGAAGUCUGACCCUUGCUACAGCAGUCAUGGAGUGGAUGGGUCUCUGUGCUCCUUCCUUUUCUACCUCAGUGAGGUAGAGUCCUGGUGUCCUUUGUAUCCAGGCAGAGUGAUUCCCAAAGCUCCAAAGCAAAAGCUGGAGGUAGUGGAUGAAGAUGCAGUGGUGCGAGAAAGUCUCACAGGCCUGUAUCCAUUGCUGGGAAACAGAGCCCAGUUCCGCUGGAUUCAGCAGAGAAUUAGCAGCAUGGAAACCAUUUGGGUCGAGGCCGGACGCUCUUUCUCAGCCAAAUACAACCUCAAGUGGAAAGCUAAACAUAUCCUGGUGCAUCCUGGAGUGGUAACAGAUGAAUCGGGUGUUCAAAUCGCAAAGUCUGCCUUCAAUGGAGGCCCCCUUGGUGAACUAGUCCAGUGGAGUGACCUCAUUUCCACACUUUACAUCCUGGGUCACCAUCUUUACCUUUCGCCCUCCUUACCUGACCUCAAGCUUUUUCUAGGGAAGAGCGGCUGCCCACAUAAAAACUCAGUGGAACCAAACCUGAUCUAUACAGACAUUAUCGGCCUAAAACAGAUUAAAGCAAUAUUUCCAAAAACCUGGACAGAGUACAAGUGUCUGAUACGUGUGCUGGACUCUUUCGGCACUGAGGCAGACUUCAAUCAUCCAGCGUGGGCCAAAAAGAACAACCUGAAGAGUCCAUUCGGGAGCCUGAACCUGACCCUGAUGCAGUUCAACACCAUGUUUCCUCAUACACCAGACAACACAUUCCUGGGAUUUGUGGUCGAGCGCCCGCUGAGCUCUGAAGAAAGGGAGCGGCUGAAGUCCACCAAAAGACAAAACCAGGCACUUGUGUAUGGCAAGCGUGGCAAGUUUUGGAAGGGUAAAGAAGCUUACCUGGACAUUAUCCAUAAGCAUUUGGAGAUCCACGGGACGGCUGACAACGCCGCUCUGAUUCCACGCUAUGUAAAAAAUCAUGGCAUUGUCAAAGGCACUGAGGUUCAGUCCCUGUUAAGGCAGAGCAAGGUUUUUGUGGGAUUGUCUUUCCCAUAUGAAGGCCCCGCCCCAUUGGAGGCCUUAGCCAAUGGCUGUCCUUUCCUGAACCCCAGGCUACACCCUCCACAGAGUAGGCUGAACUCAGAGUUCUUCGGGGACAAGCCCAACAUCAGAGAGGUGACAUCCCAGAAUCCUUACGUCGAGGCGAUAGGAGAACCCUACGUAUGGACGAUAGAUAUGCACAACUCCACAGACGUGGAGAGAGCUCUCAAUGCUAUCCUCAAUGGGAGUAUUGAGCCCUAUCUUCCCUAUGAGUUCACCUGUGAAGGGAUGCUCCAGAGGGUCAGCAUCCUGAUUGAAAAACAGGACUUCUGCCACGGUACAGGGAGCUGGCCCCCGCUGAGCGUGCUCCAGGUGGUGAAGGCGGAGGUCAGCACUUCCUGUCAACUGGCUUGCCAGAAGGAAGGACUGAUCUGUGAACCUACAUUCUUCCCACAUCUGAACAAUGCCAAGAAUCUUGCCAUCUACGGCAUAGACUGUAACACAUCAGCUUUUUAUGACAAUGCCCUGGUGUUUCCAGCCUUCACCAACAGUACUAAACACUGUCUGCUCCAGGCUGAUCCCCUGCUCUUCAGCUGUGUGAGAUCAGAUAAGUCCUUGACUCGCAUCUGCCCCUGUAGAGACUACAUUAAGGACCAGAUAGCUUUAUGCAAGGCAUGUAUCUAGAAUAAAAACCUAUGUACUUACGCUGCACAAAAGAAAAAUAAAAAGUCAAUAAAGAGUAUUAAUGUGGGUUCUAUCUGAAUGUCCAGACUCACACUCUCAAAGUGAUCCCUCAGAGACUUUAAGUGAGGUUUCUGGCAUCCUUGCAUGACAUCACAUGCUGUUUUCACUGUGAUUAUGUUUGAAAGUAUUUGAAGAUAUACAGUAACUUUAUUCAUUAAUGCACUGUGUACCCUGUCACGGUUGAUGUUUAGCCAUUUAUUUUAACACUGAUGUCAGGUUAAGUAUUUAUUUGCAGACAUUUCACAGUUGCAAACAGCUUUGGCCACUAUGUUGUCAUAUGUGCACAGAUAACAGUUAACAGUUAACUAGUUCUAUUCACUGUGCUCCUACUGGGGAUUUUAGUUUUUUUUCCCUCCCAAUGCAAGGUGGCUCUCUGAUUGGGCUGGAAAGAUUCAAUGAAGCUUGCCUUAUGCAUAACUAAUGGGGGUCUGUGAAGCCCUAAUAAGGAAGGGAUUCAGCCACUGCUUGUCUGUCAGUGACGUUAAAUGUCCAGGGUGUUCCACAGUCUCCUGUGAAUCUGGAAACUAAGCAGAUAAAGGGAAUGGAUUUCCAUUUCCAGCCAACCAUCUCCUCGAGGUGCUCUUAAUGUUCAUCAUUUUGCCUGAGCAGCGAGAGUGCAAGCCUGCGAUGAUGAUGCAAAAGUGAGAAAUUGAAUCAGAUCUGAGAGAAAAUGCUGAAGUGAGAAAUGUUUUGUUGUAUAAAACGUAUUCUUCUUUUAUUCUUGUAUGUCUGCAACACUGAAGUCUGAUGUGUAGUAAAGUUACUGGUAUUCAGCAGCUCUGCACGGAUUUAUGGCACGAAUGCUGGAUGCAAACAGGUAGUGCAAAUGAAAAGUAAAAAGAUCUGCAGGGCUUCACCCCACGUACACAUUUUGUUUACCAGUGCAUGUUCUACACUGCAGCUGGUUGAUGUUUCUUCCUACUGAUGAUUAUAGAAGUAUGAAGAAGAGUUUCCAAGAACAUAAUACUCUAGGGGUUAAGGGAAUAGUUAAUUUGCUUUAUGAUAAGAAGCGAUGAUGCCACUGCCAGGAACCACUUUGCUUAACUUAGCAUAGAGACUUGAUACAGGUGUAAAAAGCUAGCCAGGUUUUGUCUGAUUAUUUCUUGGCACAGUAGCUUCCUGGUUACCAUGAAACCCGUGGAGACCCCAUUCAGAUUUCCAAUAAAAGUUCUGGUAUAUUUUGUUGCUUUUGCAGAGAACCAGGUCAACUGUUGUCCCAUUUCCAGUCUUUGUGCUAAGCUAACUGGCUGUUGGCUGUAGCUUCGUAUUUACUGUACGGACAUGGUGGUGGUAUCAAUCUUCUCAUCUAGAAAGCAAAUAAGCAUAUUUUUCAAAGCUAUUCCUGCAAGGAGAGAAGCACCAUUAUCUUCUAUCUUUUUUUUUAUUAUUAUUAUUAUUAUUAUUAUUAUUAUUAACACUUUAUUCAUAGUAGUAGUAGUAAUAAAUGAUCUCAACGCGAUUAAGUAAUGAAGCCUGCCGCUUAAAGACUUUUCAAACAUGUUGAGUGUGCAAUUAUUGACAUUUCUUUAUUACAAUUUUGUCUAUAUAUUCAAUUUUUUUCACUGUCACUCCCUGAUUAACUUAUUGUAACUCCUUCUUGUAAUCCCUGUAGAAACAGCAUGUAAUGGUUCAGGUUGACACAAAUUAUCUGAAAUCAUUUGGCGCUUGUUCACAUAGAGCUGACUGCCACUGUGCCCACAUUCGAAUGGUUGGAAACUGUUCCAUGACGGUUGUGUGGUUGAAAAGAAAAAAAAAAAAAAGAAGAGCACGUCUCAACAUUGCUGAUGAAUAAGCAGGAUAAAACUUUAUUAAUCAAUAAAACUUUGCUCUUUGACAAA